AUGCAAUGCGGAACUGCUAACGCAACCCCCUUCUUGCAGGUAGUGUUUGAGUCUGACAGUGGUCAUCGCCGCAAAUCCUCGUUUGUCUCUCCCGAUACCCCGCGCCUUGCCCGUCGACAUGAAACGCAGACUUCAGACCAGGCAGCUUGCUUCGUGCAUUCCCUGCUAGGGCAACCUCGGGCUGUCCAGCUCGACCAUAUCGACGAGCACGGCAAAGCUGUGACGCCGUCGGUUGGCCAGCAGUUUGAAGAUGGUGGCGACAAUACCUCUGGGCCGUCACGGCUCCUAACGAAGAGAGAGCUCUCUGACAUGGCUUGGAAUGUGCGUGCAUUGUCGAAAAAACUGGGCAGCCUGAAGCUGAAGCUCAAUGUCCACAGCAUAUUCAUUUUGACGAAGCCUCAAGAUCAGAGCCUGGCUCGGUUAACCAAAGAGGUUACAAGCUGGCUUCUCGGACCAGAGCAGAGAGUUCCUUACACAGUCUACGUAGAAAAGAGACUGGAAAACGAUUCUCAAUUCGAUGCACAGAGCAUAUGCAAGGAGGAACCGACCGCAAAACAGAGGCUAAAGUAUUGGGACAACUGUCUCAUCGAAGAUCACCAUCACCUGGUCGAUUUCGUUAUCACCCUUGGCGGAGAUGGGACAGUAUUAUAUGCGAGCUGGCUCUUCCAGCGUGUUGUACCCCCGGUUUUAUCAUUCUCUCUUGGGUCACUGGGGUUUUUAACGAAAUUCGAUUUCGAUGACUACAAGGAAACACUGCAGCGAGCCUUUACUGAAGGUGUCACUGUCAGCUUACGGCUACGAUUUGAAUGUACCGUGAUGCGGAGCAGGCGGAGGUCCUCUGAUCAAUCUCAAAUAGAGAGAGAUCUUGCCGAAGAGCUGAUCGGGGAGGAAUCAGAUGACAACGUUACGCAUUCUCCUGACAAAAUGUUCCAAAUUCUUAAUGAGAUUGUCGUUGAUCGUGGUCCAAAUCCAACAAUGUCUUCCCUCGAGAUAUUUGGAGAUGAUGAGCAUUUUACAUCUGUCCAGGCUGACGGUGUCUGCGUUGCCACUCCAACGGGAUCUACAGCAUAUAACCUUGCCGCUGGCGGCUCCUUAUCACACCCUGAAAACCCCGUCAUCCUUCUUACAGCAAUUUGUGCCCAUACACUCAACUUCCGGCCCAUAAUACUUCCAGAUACUAUAGUUCUACGUAUAGGGGUUCCUUAUGAUGCCCGAACAAGCUCCUGGGCUAGUUUCGAUGGUCGUGAGAGAAUUGAACUACACCCUGGAGACUAUGUUACAAUUUCUGCAUCCAGGUUCCCAUUUGCCAACGUGAUACCUUCUGGCCACCGCAGCUAUGAAUGGAUCCAAAAUAUUUCCCGCACGUUGAACUGGAAUAGUAGGCAUAGGCAACAGAAGCCAUAUGACAGCAAGUACUUGGAGCAGGCCAAGGCCUCUUAG